AUGUCUACCCGCAGGGUUACUCCGUCCCCCGCCAUUGGAAACAUGACCUGGUGCUCAUGGAUGAAGCUUGAUGAUCGCAAGGAAGCCUCAGGUGGACAGCCUCCGUGUGGCCGGUGUAAAAAGGAGAAGCGUGAAUGUAUCCUGGGCACCUCCAACCGCGGUGGCAGUCGGGUCAGGAAGAAGACCAUCUCAACCACACCCUCCACAGGCCUAACCCAUCCUGCUCUCACUCCUCUUCUCGACAUCUCUGCAAAACCUCCGUCUCAGAUCAUUCCGCGGACAACCACUGGCAAGGAACAUCAAGAUGGCACACUAGCAGGAAACACGGCGGAAGACGACGACUCUGCGUCAACCGUCGACAGUACUUUGGGACAUACCAUACCAAGAAAUCCAUCCGAUGCAUGGCAGCUACUGAAGGAUGUGGCCAACCGUGAGGCAGAGCAUCUCCAAACAUCAGCGGACCCAUACAAAAACAGUGUGACGCCGAGUCAGAAUGUGAGUGAUGAGUCCCGGGUCGAGCCUCGCGGCUCGAUCGAUGGCAUUCAUGCAGGCAUCGCGACUUAUCGUCUGGUCCGAGAGGGUUACCUUGAACCAGGCAUGGUACAGAUGCUUGUUAGUCGCUAUGCUGAGUAUUACCAUGCCUAUCUCCCUCUGGUGCCACGGAAGUAUUUUGAUCCCGCGCAGUUGGAUAUAUUUGCGGCUAACGACAAACACCUCCUGACCGCCGUUCUAACAAUCUCAUCAAAAGACUUGGUUGAACAACCACAUAUACACCUCUGCUGCUCUCGAUAUAUGCAUGAUCUGAUAUCAGGGAUCGCUGCAGGGCACGACUGUGAUGUCGAAGCUGUCGAAGCGCUGCUCCUCCUCGCCGAAUGGGAACCACAGGGCCUGCGAAACCGCAUAGAGGCAGUUGGACGAGGCGAGGAAGACCGCAGUGCGUGGAUGCAUGUCGGUAUUGCGCUGCGGACGGGUUACUUUCUUGGGUUGGACAGAACUGCAUUUCGUCAAGAGUCUGCCGAAGAAGCCAGGAUCGACGGCCGUAAACGCCUGGCUUGGGCCAACUGUUACGUCUCAGAUCGUCUCAUCUCUGUGCGGAUUGGCAAAGCCUUCUGGUCGCGGGGCCCUGGACCUAUGACUGGGUUGUCUCCUCAAGACUUUCCCUCUCUUCAGCCAUUCAGUCCAGGAGAUGAGGACUACGCAAAGAUCAUGCAAGCCACCCUUGAUCUCACCCAGCUCUAUUCGAACGUGCACGAUGUUCUCUACUCGGGCAUGAGAACAAGUGGGCAGAUGAUGCUCAUGGGUGAUUAUGUCAAGUAUGUGGACGACUUCCGCACGGCUCUCGCCCGUUGGAACACAACCUGGGGUAAACUGGAAUGCUCGCCACAGAUCAAAGUGACCCUUCAACUGUCCUAUGAAUACUUGUGUCUAUACACCAACGCGUUUGUGUUCCAAGCGGCAAUAUCUCAGGCCAUUGCCAACAAGCCAAAGACCGAUGCCCAUUCCUUGAGAGAUCAUCUCCGUAAUGCAUUUAGCAACAUCGGAGCAAUGCCUGAUGCACGGUUUAUCUGGGCCAGCGUUGCCUCGGCAAAGGCAUACCUAACUCUCCUCAGUACGCAGAUCGACCCCGGUAGGUAUCUGCGAUACAUGCCGCUGCGGUAUUAUCUGUACUGCAUAUAUUCAGCAGUGUUUCUGUACAAAGCGAGAUCGUUCGGUGUAAUGUCGGAAACAGAAGAACGACAAGUUUGGUCGCUGGUCGGUCAGGUAACGGAUGUCCUCAAACGAGCCUCUGUCUCUGCGCAGGAUCCGGGUUCGCGCUAUGCCAGGCUACUGGAGCUGCUGUGGGUGAAGCCUCCUAAAAGUGGCGUCCGCGUACAACAGCCAGUGCAGUCCCCGGCAGCGUCUGAUACUCAGCUGUCGUCAAGUGGCAGUGUCAGGGUCGAUGCCCGCGGACUGCUCCAGUACAGUCCGGCCAACGACUUCUCAUGGCUCGAUCUCGAGGCGGUGGGUGACUACGUUUCGGGAGAUCAGUUAUCGGGCAAUGGGUCACAUCUUCUAGCCCCCAUGGCCGGCUUCGACCCUCCCUCGUUUGUUGCUCAAAAUCCAGGGAUGCAAUGGCAGCAGCUGGGCAACAACGCAAACUGGGACUGGAGUGGCAAUUUAUUCUUUUAG